GAAAUUAAUAUUCCAUUUAUGAGUUGUUGGCUGGUUGCAUUUCUCAAUUCUCAAACGCCCAAGGAGGGGAAAAAAAGAAAAAGAAAAAGAGAAACAUCAUAAAAUUUUAAAUUAAAUCAAUGUGACCGUUACAUUGGUGGAAAAAAAAAAUUUAAAAUGCAAAGCUCCAUUUGAGAAGACUCAAAGUCAAAGAGUCUUUCUGCUUUGGUAGCAGCCACAUUUAGAAAUGGCAGCAGCAGAAGAAUUAGAAGAGCACUUGCAAGAGCUCAGAUCCAAAGCCACAGAGCUUUUCCUCAGAGAAGAAUGGAAUGCUUCAAUCGAAGCCUAUUCCCUCAUCAUCACUCUCUGCACUCAAACCCUCUCCCAUAAUUCUCACCCAACCCAAAACCUUCGCAGAUCCCUCUGCAUUGCCCUAUGCAACCGCGCAGAAGCAAAAUCCAAAUUGAAGAAUUUCCAUUGCGCCCUUCAAGACUGUGACCACGCUUUGGAACUCGACGCCACACAUUCGAAGACCCUUUUGUGCAAAGGUAAGAUCUUGCUCUGCCUCAAUCGCUAUUCUUCCGCUCUCGAGUGUUUCAGAAGCGCCGCGAUCGAUGGGAACGCUGAAAACGCAAGUGGGUACUUGGAAAGAUGCAAAAGUUUGGAGCUUUUGUCGAAAACGGGGUGUUUGGAUCUUUCAGAUUGGGUUUCAAAUGGGUUCAAAGGGAAGGUUCCGGAGCUCGCUGAACACAUUGGUGCUGUGGAGAUUAGAAAGUCUGAGAUCAGUGGGAGAGGGUUGUUUGCAACGAAGAAUAUUGAUGCCGGGGCUUUGAUUUUGGUCACCAAGGCAAUUGCAAUGGAGAGGAGCAUCAUAAUGGGAGGGGUUCAGGAUCUUUGUGAGGAUGCACAGUUGGCAAUGUGGAAGAAUUUCAUUGACAAGGUUUUUGAGGUUGUUGGGAAGUGUUACAAGACAAAGGGUUUGAUUACUAGGUUGUCUUGUGGGGAGAAUGAGGAUGAGCUUGAGGUGCUUGAUGUAGGUCUCUUUAGGCCUGAGAGUGUGGAGAAGGAUGAUGGUGAUGCAGUUGUUGGGGUUGAUAUGGUUAAGUUGGUUGGGAUAUUGGAUGUGAAUUCUCUCACUGAGGAUGCUGUUUCAGCCAAUGUGUUGACGAGGGGGAAUGAUUGUUAUGGUGUAGGGUUGUGGCUGUUGCCUUCCUUUGUGAACCACUCUUGUGUUCCCAAUGCGAGGAGGUUGCAUGUUGGGGACUACUUGGUGGUUCAUGCUUCCAAGGAUUUGAAGGCUGGUGAGGAGGUUACUUUUGCUUAUUUUGACCCUUUGUGUGGUUUGAGCAAGAGGAAGGAGAUGUCAGUGAAUUGGGGGAUCCAUUGCAAGUGCAAGAGGUGUAGGUUCGAGGGGGAAGUGUUCUCAAAACAAGAAAUAAGAGAGAUUGAGAUUGGCCUUGAGAGAGGGAUGGAUGUGGGGGGGGUGGUGUUCAAGUUGGAGGAGCAAAUGAAGAGAAUGAAGGUUAGGGGAAAGGAAAAAGGGUAUUUGAGGGCUUCAUUUUGGGAAGCAUAUUCUGAGGCUUAUAGGUCUGAGAGAGCAAUGAAGAGGUGGGGGAGGAGGAUUCCUACAAUGGAGGCGGUGGUUGAUAGCAUCAGUGAUGUGGUGGGAGGGGAUCACAGGUUGCUUAAGAUGAUGGUGGAGGAGUUGAAGAAAAAUGGUGGUGGAGUUGUUGAGAGGGAGAAGGUUUUCAAGAUGGCUAGAGAUGUGUUUGGGAAGGUGGUGAAAAAGCAAGCAAUGAAGACACUUCUUGAACUUUGCAUUGGUGAUUGAAUGGAUAAAUAAAUUCUCUUUACUUUUUCUUCAUUUUUAUUGUUAUUGUUUGUCUUUUGGAUGUCUUUUCUUUGUUUAAUGUUCUUUCUUUACUUGCUGUAAACCAUCAAGUUUUCAGCUACGAUCAACUCAAGUUGUCAUAGUCACUUAUCAUUUACUUGUUAUAUGUAAGCCAAUGCUAUGAAUAAUUUUAUUGAACAUUGCACACCUCCUUCUGUGCAAUUGUUUUUCUUCGUUUAAUUA